AAGCCAUCACUCGGACAACGUGCUUGUGUUUGUUUCUCCGCCCUUUACUGUGGCAGUUAGCUAACGGAGACAGCUUAAAACCCCGGGGAGCACAACACUAGAAUUUACAGUAGUUAGCCAAGAUGAAGGCGAACAGUGUACCUCGAAUUAUCAUCAUUAUUUUGUGUACGUUGGUUUUUGUGGCGGUGCUGGUCGUCAACGCUUUGGCUGGAGCUGGACAAGGUCCUUUCCACGUCUCCACAGGAAAUGUGUCAGCUCGCUAUGACACCAACAUCACUCCAGCCGCCUGGACCUUCUCCAUCUGGGGGGUCAUUUAUACAUGGCUUACCCUGAUGGUCUUAUACCUCACAUCAUAUGUAUUCAGAGGAUCCUGGGCUCAGAGCCUGCUGCCUUACGCCUUCUAUUUCUGCUGGCUGUCCAACAUGGUGCUGAACAUGAUCUGGCUGGUGCUGUGGGACAGAGAGGCGAUGCUGGCUGCUUUAGUGGUUUUAAUCCUGGUCACAAUUUCCAACUACAGCGCUUUGUUCUUCGUUUGCUAUGCCACCGAUCAUUACGGGCUGUGGCUACAGGCGUACCAUCGCAAGGACCUGUUCUGUCUCAGAGCUCUGGUCCAGAAUGGUCUGGCUCUCUAUGCUACAUGGACGUCGAUCGCCUCGCUCCUUAACUUCUCUGUGGUUCUUCACCUGUGGGGCGUGGAUAAGAGCACGGCAGCCACAGCCUCUCUGUGCAUCUUGUUUGGAGAGAUAGCAAUAUGGUUCAUCCUGGAGAACUGGGUACUGGAUCGCUGGGUGCGGUACAUCCUGACAGUCUACCCUGUGGUGAUUGUGGCUCUGGUCGGAAACGUCAUGAGACAUUUUAACAGAAAUGAUCCAACUCCAAACUCUAUUUUCACUGUGGUCCUGCUGGUGGUGGCGUGUGUGCUGCUGGUUUUCCGAGUGUGCUCUGUCAUCUGGAGAAACUACUGGCGCCCUCUCCUCUCUCCCGGCUCAGCACGGCUGAUGGUCUCUCCCCUUGAUGGCAGGAAAUUCAGGAUGUUCUCUUAAACAGAAGGAGCUUCUACAGAACCACCUGUAGCAGCGCUGCCUUGAAACUUUCUGCAUGAAGCCUUUAUUUUGGGAUGUUACAUUUUUUAUUUCUUAGUCUGCAUUAUAACACGGUUUAAGAAGUUAAUUUCCAUCUAUAAAGUGUUUGGAUUUAGCAUGAGAAGGACAAGACAGACAGAAGGACCUUAAACUUAACUCCUCUAACCUUUAUUGCCUCUUAAACUGCACUUAAUGCAAUGAAACAUUGUUUACACGCCAUCUUUGACAUUUCUUUGAAGAAUAUUUGAUGAGAUCUGCGUAUCAUUUCUUAACCAAUUGUGUGAUCUUUGUUAGAAGCUUUUUAUACAAAUAAAUGCCUGAUAUUCAAUUGUUUUUCUUUUGUUUUUUUAAGAAAGUGUUAAGAUAUUGUGGCCCAUUUGUUAAAUGUAUCUGUAAUAGCUGACAGUACAUGUGUUUUUGUUAGAAGGAAUAAGUUAUACAAGUAAAUUGCUAGUAAGUGGUGCCAUACCAAUAGAUGUCUUAUGUACAGAGCUGUGGAAAGUAUUUUCCCCUUUUGAUUUUUCUUUUGUGUGUUUGUCAUCUUUAAAUGUUUUAAAUCAUCAAAUAAAUUUGACUAUUAAAAAUGGUAACCUGAAUAAAUGCAAAAUGCAGUUUAUACAUGAUGAUUUCAUUUAAUAAGGGAAUAAAGCCUUCCAAACCUG